UACUGCCUGGGCAGUGUCGUAGUUUCCGUGUUGUCCCGUCUUUUGACAAGCCAUUCCUCCUGUUUUUCCGCGUUUUCAGUGGUGUGAACACGUAACGCUAUUUUGUCAUGAGCCAAACAAAACCCGAGUGGUCGUCGGUUAGUGGCUCGUUGACCGCUCACCGGACAACAUGAACCGGGCGCUUAGAAAGUCUCAGUCUCUGCGGUGCUGCUCGGUCCUCGAGGUGAAAAGUAAAUAUGGUGCAGAAUUCCGGAGGUUUUCCCUGGACCGCUGUGAGCCUGGCAGGUAUAAAGACUUCCACAGGCUCAUUGUGCGUUUACAUCACUUAUGGCAAAUGGAUGUCCUUAUCGGAUAUGCGGAUGUCCAAGGAGAGCUGCUGCCCAUCAAUAAUGAUGACAACUUUUGCAAGGCUGUGACCUCCACACAAUCUUUACUGCGUAUCUUCAUUCAGCUUCAAGAGGAAGCUGACCAGUUUAUCACAGCUGCUGAAGAUACAACAAAACGAAAGAAAUCUGUCAGCCAGAGAAAAACACCAUUCCAGAUCAGCAUGCCACUGAACUUCCGCCCUGUUUCGUCUAUCAUUGACGUGGACAUCAUACCAGAAUGCCACCGAAGGGUGCGUCUGUAUCGCCAGGGCUCGGACAGACCUCUGGGGUUUUACAUUCGUGAUGGUACCACUGUCAGGGUUACUCCAUACGGUUUGGAAAAGGUUCCGGGCAUCUUUAUCUCCCGCAUAGUUCCCGGAGGACUGGCGGCUUGCACGGGACUGCUGGCCAUUAAUGACCAGGUCCUGGAAGUGAAUGGCAUUGAUGUUACGCAGAAGUCUUUGGAUCAGGUAACUGACAUGAUGAUCGCAAACAGCCACAACCUCAUCAUCACAGUGAAACCUGCAAACCAGCAUAACAACAUAAGGCGAAAAAGCUGCAGCUCCUCAAGCUCGGGACACUAUUUUGAUAGCACACACUCCGUAAGCUAUCCAGGGCUACCUUUGCUAAUGAAAGCUUAUGGUUUAGGUAAUGGCUCUGAAAGCGAAGAGGAUGCAGAUGUGUUUGUGGAGAGCCCCAUCAAACACCUGUCCCAACAUCCGGGUUCUUCAGCCUCCUCUCAUUCUUCUCAGCCGUAUGUUAAUACUUGCUACAGGCCCAACGUUGCUGCCAGACGGGCCAACUCGCUCAUUUCGGCUGCAGCCUAUCACUCUCAGCCUUGUCUUGCUCAUACACCUCACACUGACCACAGCGUCCCUCAUCACGGGCAUCGGACCUCCCAACAGCAUUUCGGCUGUAAUCCAGCCAUCAGACAGGAAAGCUCCAGUACCCAUGACAUUCUAAACACGUGGCACGUAGAUCUGAGUCGCCAUUUACUGUUGCCCCAGGGGGCAAUGGAGGAAGAUGGAAUUGUUGUUAUUUUGUAAAAGAUAAACCGAAAAUGCACCACCCAACUCUGAACUAUAAUUUAUAAAUUACUCGAUAAUAUAAUUACUUGCAUGUCAGGUUUUUACUGAUAAUUUUAUGAUUACUGUGGAUACUGCAUGUAAAGAAAUUUUUUUUUUGUUAUCCAUCAUAGAAAUACUUUCUGAAAAGCCUUAGAUCAUUCAUCUAAAUUACAAAUUCUGUCAACAUUCAAUCACCCUCAUAUGACCCCCAAAUCUGUAUGUUUUUUUGAACUAUAAUUUAUAAAUUACUCGAUAAUAUAAUUACUUGCAUGUCAGGUUUUUACUGAUAAUUUUAUGAUUACUGUGGAUACUGCAUGUAAAGAAAUUUUUUUUUUGUUAUCCAUCAUAGAAAUACUUUCUGAAAAGCCUUAGAUCAUUCAUCUAAAUUACAAAUUCUGUCAACAUUCAAUCACCCUCAUAUGACCCCCAAAUCUGUAUGUUUUUUUUAUUUGGAACAAAAAUGAAGACAUUUUGAAAAAUGUUAUUAAUCAAACCUUUGGUAUCAAUGGUGACUGUUGACUUUAAUUGUAUGGUAAAAGUCUGAAGUUUGGAAUUACACGAGGCUGAAUAAUUAAGGCAAUUUUUUUAACUUUUGGGUGAGCUAUGCAUUUAAUAAAAUUAAUUGGAAAAUACAACACUUUUACAUUUAAUUAAAUGCACUUCUACUCAAAUACUUUGUGUAUAACAAAAAUAACUGAAAACCCCAAUAAAUUUAGGUUAAUAUAUAUGUGUUAAACUAACAUUGUUGAAUCUCUUUCAGUUAAUUAGCACAUGAAUCGGUGAUUCAUGAAUUGGUGCUUAGUGUUGUUUUCUACCAGAUCUAUCUCAUAUGUUUUCUUACAAAAAAGUAAUUAUAUUAGAAAAUUCCUAUUACACACAACACAUUUCUAUCAUUUAUUAUGUAGUCCAGCACAGUUUGCUUAAUCAAACAUCUAUUUUGACCAAUUAAAGUUGACUGCACAAAAUGAAA